AUGAAUGAAGAUAAAAUAUAUUAUGCAUCAAUUGCUGUAAAAUCUUCUAGAUUUGCUUUUUUUUUAGAAUAUUGCUAUAGCUGUGCGUCAACCAAUAUGCAACAGAGUUUUCUAACAAAACAACGCGGGCCACAAAAGAGAAUUCAAAAGCCGAAAGUUUUCGAUGAUUUUUGCAAUUUGGAUGCGUGGAUAAUAAAAGAACGCAGCAAGGUUGAAUGCGAUGGGCCUUGUUUCAAAUGGCAAGAAAUUGUGAAUAAUUCGGGAUCGCUUUCUUUUAUGACUUUGCGAUCUUGCUAUAGUUCGAUGUUUAAUGCUAGCGAUGUAAAAACAGCAAAUGAACCAUUAGAUUCACAUUGCAUAAAAAGGCCCUCCAUGUCAAACACUAAUUUUUGUGGCAAACUGUAA